CUCGCAGUGUACGGAAAUCAAACUGGUAGAUCCAAGACGAGCGCAACGAAAGGGAGGGAAAACCCACGAACGGCUCCUAUAUACAUUCCCUGCCACUGUUGUAUGCAGGCUACAUUAUUGAUGCGGUGCGAGUGAAGUUCACGGCUUUCAAUCAACGUUUGAAACAAGACAUCGAUCACCCGUGUCCACCCGAUUCGGGAGGUGAAAGUAUCCACUCAUCCGAGAGAUACGCAGGAAACAUGAAGAUCGCAACUGGAACGGUGCUUAUCUGCGCGCUCGGACUAGCUCGCGCGGGCGUUCGUGCCGCCGAGGCCCCUGAGCCUGUGGAUGGUGGUGCGGCAAUUAUCCCACUCAUCAAACACGCCGAAGGCCGCCACGCCACCCGGCGCUCGCUCCUCAAACGCUCCGCCGACGGCGAGAAAGUGGAGAUCGCCGACGGCGUAGACGAAGAGACCCUCGCCGCCGCGUUCGAUUCUCGUCAUUUCGCCGACCCUCCGUCUUUCCCCUCCUCUGCUUCGGAAGAUGAUGAUGACGACGAAGACGACGACGGACCCGGCUGGCAAAUCCCCACAGGCGAGAGACCGGUCGGAGCCACGGGCGAAUGGAAAAGCAGGAAUGAAACUACGAGUGCGGGACUGGGAAACAGGCCUCGACGACGGCCGAUGGGGGGGUCGAAGGGGAGACGUGAGACCGGGAAGACGAGGAGGGAUACGCCUAUUCCGGCGUUGACGGAUCGAACUGUUAUUAGGAAUAACUAUGACACUAUGUACUAUGUAACAAUCUACCUCGGCACCCCACCGCAGCCCUUCUCCGUCGUCAUCGACACAGGCUCAUCGGACCUCUUCGUCCCCUCGGUAAAUUGCAAGACCUGCGGAAACAAAGCCAAAUACAACCCGACGGUAUCGAGUUCGGCGUGGCAGACGGGGUUGAAGACAACGACUUAUUAUGGUAUCGGGUCCGCAACGGGGACUAUCGUCAAGGAUGUUCUUCGCAUCGGCAACCUCACCGCCACGGACCAAGUCUUCAUCCAAGCCGACUCGGCGUCCAACGUUCAGCCGGGCAGCAUCGACGGUCUAAUGGGAAUGGCAUUCUCCCCCCUCUCCUGGGCCAACUCCCUCGUCCCGGACUGGCUCGUCGGCCACUCCUCCCUCAUCGAGAACCUCUUCCGCCAAUCCACAAUCGGGUCCCCCGCCUUCGGGGUCUGGCUCGACCGCACCCCCUCCUUCUCCGCCGACCCCUCCACCGUCGUCGGGGGCGAGCUCACCCUCGGGACGACGCGGGGGAACCCCGAUCGGUAUACCGGUCCGGUGUAUUGGCUGGAUGUUCCGAGUACGAGUACGUGGUGGCAUGUUGCGUGGACGGGGGUGUAUGGGCCGAAGGGCGGGAAUUUGGUGCCGGGGGGGAGGGAUAUCAGGGGGUUGGUUGAUACCGGCACGACGCUGAUAUUGACGGACUACGCCGUCGCAUCCGCCCUCAACGCUUUCAUCCCCACCGCCUAUCCCGUCUCGAAGGGCCUGUGGGCGAUGAACUGCUGGUGGGCGGCGAACAGUAAAGUCAAGUUCACGUUCACGUUGGGCGGGUACAAUUUCACGUUGGAUGCGCAAGACCUCCCCACCCGCGUCUGGCCAAACAACGCCGACCUCUGCUAUGCGCCGUUCCAGUCCCGCGCAAACCAAGACACACUCAACCAAUGGCUCCUCGGCGAAGUCUUCCUGCGCAAAUACUACCAAAUCUACGACUACAAUGUGUGGAACGGGUGGAAGCCGCGGGUUGGUUUGGCUUUGGCGUUGUAGAAGACACAAGAAACGGACGGGUUAUGGAGGGUCAGACGAAGUGAAGUGAUGGAAUCGCCCGCGUUGUUUUGGAAACACGGGAUGGGACUGCGGCUGGAUGGUAUUCGGUCUUUUUUUUGGGGACUUGGACUUGUAUCCGUUGUUAUGUACGGUGUAGUAGUGUAUGUAAAAGUGACAUGUUUGUUUGGUGUAUGUAAAACCAGUCAAGAGAAAGGAGGCAGAAUGUGGUGUUGGUUGUGUGGGCUUGGGUUGCUGCAGAUGUGCCGAAAACAAACCGGUGCUCUUCGCGUUGAUUUGACGGGAGGGCAUGUUCCUGCUGGGUUCCGAC